GAAUUAUUGGGAAAACGUAAGGCCCGAGCGAGGAUUUAGUGGAUAGAUAGAAACUGUAUUAACCGCUUCUGCUCUGCUUUGUUCUGCCUGCAACACCCCGAAAGUGCAGACUAAUGGUUACUACCCCCAUCAAAUGCAAACCAUUGCUUCCACUUUCUUCUUUGCCAAAACCAACCACUUCAUGGCUUUUUUGCAAACCAAUUUCCCAUCCCUUUCCAAAUUCUCGUCCUGUGUAUCAGCGAGGAAAUGUCGCAAUCUCAGUUUCCUACAACCCCCAAGGCAACUUCGACCUCUCUUUAUUUGACGAUGAUGAUGAAACUAAAGCUGCACCUCCUCUGCCCCCAACUGAAGGCCGAUUUGAAGUUGCUAUUGACAAUGAUGUUAUUAGUCGUCUUGACUUGUCCCCUUUUCAAGCUGCAACAGGCAUGAAAUCCCCUUUAUCUGUAAAACCAAAAGAAUUUCUUGAGCGCACAAUCGGCUUCACCAUCAACUAUACUAGAGAAGAUCCCCGCGAUCCUCGAGAACUAUCAGAGUAUCCUGAUAUUAGGGUGUGGUUUGUGAGACUUGAUGCUACUUAUCCAUGGUUGCCAGUUUUGUUGGAUUGGAGAGCUGGAGAACUGGCUCGGUAUGCUGCAAUGCUGGUUCCACAUCAGAUGAAUAUUAAAAUGGGAGUGGUCUUCAAUCCUGAGGCAUUGGAACUGUUUGUUAUGAAGAAAGUUUUUAUUGUGUAUUCUUGGUUGAAGCAUCACAACAUUCCCAAGCCUAAAUUGAAGGCAAAUGAUAUGGCCAGAAUGCUUGGAUUUACAAUUGGAGAUGAACUAUAUGACUUUAUUGAUAAGCAUCCGCUUGAUCUGUCGUAAAGAACCUUUGUAGCAGAAACCUACGAAAAUUCUUACUUCAAUUUUCUCCUACGAAGCCGUGAUCAAUAAUAAGCUUCUUUUUAAAGUAAA